AUGGAGAGAAAGAGAUGCGCUAAUCAUAAGGGCGCUGCCACGAAAAAAAAAGAGGCGGUGGAGGCUCUCAUUGUGCAAAAUGCAAGUAUAAAUAGACCAAAUCACGCAAACUCCGGAGUUCUAUUAUGCAGAAUCUUAAAAUAUUCAAACACGGAAUUAGCAUGGUUACUCACAGCUCGAGAUGCAAAUAUCAAUGAGAAUAAUGAUGAUAGUAGAAAUCGACUGAUACAUCAGCUCAUGAUCGCCGUUGGACAGGAAGCAGGAGUGAACAGGAUAAGGCUGGCAAAAAUAAUGGAAUAUAUGCUACAGAAUGGAGUCGAGGUAAACGCAAGAAAUCGUGAAGGAGUAACAGCUGCGCAUCUAGACGUACGACAAAUGUACAUGGGAAUAUUUGAUUUAUUUAUUGAACACGAUGUAAAUGAGGACAUUGAGGAUGAAAUAGGAAGCACACCAAUAUUUUAG